AGUUUAAGAUUUAUUAUUUAUUUAUUUUAAAUUUACACUGUGCAACUAAAUAGUUUGGCAUUGCUUUAAUGCUUGACAUGUUGGGAAGCUGCUGCUUUAAUGCUUGACAUGAUGGAAGCUGCAUAUGUUUUAUUAAUAAACCAAGAUGAUACUGCUGUUGCCAUGGAAGCACUGGGUAUUAUUUCACACAGGCUGGAAAUGGUAUCUUCAUCUGUGGAUAAAUCUUUAGUGUUAGGCCACAUUGUUUGUACUGAUGAAGACGGUCACCAUUAUCAGCCAACAGCAUCGUCUAAAGUGACAUGGUGUUCGCUGCCUGAUCUUGUUGCUACUUUGGAAGCACAGACGUCAGAUACAGCCACGCUGCCCGAAGAACAAAAUUGUUCCAGUGUAGCAGAGAUCCUCCAUCAACUAGCUGACAUUCUGCCUUAUUGUGGUAUUCCUCUUCACGUGAUGUGGAUCCGUCCACAGCUGUCCACAGAAAGUGAAAGCUUUUUACCCACCAUUGGUGCAGUUCUACGUCUUGUCCAUUGGCACAAUGCCCAGGUGACCAUCGUCCAUCCAGGGGAGACUACUGGAGAUGUCCAAAGUUUAGUUGACAUCUGUCGAGCCAAAGUUGUUCCCGAUGUUCAGUCGGUGUCAAUCAGUCCAAAGAUCUGGAUGGGGAAAAUAUCCGUGACAAGUAAAAUAGAAGGGCAUGGUAUUGUUUUCCCUGGUUUCUGUAUGUCUUGUGAAGACAAAUCUUUACUUUUUUCAAGAAUUACUGGCAGAAACCUUACUACUGAGGAUAAUAUAAUGUGUCACAGUUUUGGUCGGAUGGUGGAAGUUCUGGAUGAGAUAAACAUAAGAACAAUUCCAAUGUUUAUGCUGUCUGCACUUUGCGUUUCGGUACAUCUGGAAAAUGACCAUCCUCAUUCUAAACAGUUCGUCCAGUAUGUGAAUAGUCUUGACAAGCUUGGACUCCUAGCUCGGAUUGCGGUGUAUCAGCCCGACUCGAUUCCAAAAUGUGCUGACAAGAUGUUGAGUACAUCCUGCUGGAAGGGAGGCAUUAUGGCUGAUAUUUCCAACAUUCAAGAGGUUGACGAAGAGAUUCUUCCACAAGCCAAAUACGUCCAUCUUCUGUUGAUGAAACACGCUGAAACAGAUGUCCGUUGUCUCAAAGCUGUUGUGAUUACAAACCCAGAAGACAUAAAUGCUGAAAUGUUCAGAUUUAGCCGAACUCGUCGUGUGUUAUCCGAUCACUGCAAAGUUAAGGGAAACAUGAACUUUGACCUCAGCAAGUUUAUUAAGACUUUACCACAGCUGAGUGAUGUGAUGCUACAAGAGAUGCACCAUUCACUGAUUAAACUGCAGGUGGAUGAGCUGAAAGAAUGGCUGGAAAAGUUAAAAGCUAACGGUGAGUCGACAGUGUUGUCAAAACACCAGCUGUUUGAGUUUCUAAACGACAUUCAGGAGGAGUUUCUGUCUGCAGUGUUGAAGGAUUGUCCACUGGUCGAGUCGACUGUUACCCUGGAGACUGAUCUACAACUUCCAUCGCCAGUCUUGGAUUUUGACGUGGAUCCUGCAGAAUGGCCAGAGAGGUUGGCGUUACAGUACCGAGAGAAUCAGAAACGAACGCUACGUCGCUUUCAGUCUUCCGACAGUGUGGCGCUCUCCUCACCGAUACACCCAGAUGAAGCUUCGACUCUGGUUGAUGCUUCUGAUUUUCUGCGAUGUUUUCAUCCGGAUGGUAACGCUGCCAUUGACAAACUGUCACCAGUGAGGCAGCAGUCAAGCUGUAGGUUCAAGAAGGUAUCAAACAAGAGUGAUGCCAGCUUAAAGUGGCCCGACUGUAAAGACUGUCAGUAUCACGGCAUUUAUUACAACCGAGACCGGAAAGACGAGCAGCAAUCAAAGCACUAUGCUAAGGUACGAGACAAACUCCAGAGGCAGGAGACGCAUGGGUUUUGUUCAUCUGUACACAAACCUGGGUCCUCGGUGAUCACAAGUCGGGCCAAGAGAAUUGGACAUCGGUUUUCUCCCAGCAGGAAAUCGUCGAGAAAGUUGAAGACUGCUUGGAAUACUGAAGACCUAAGUGUUAGACUGGACAAUACCAACAUGACACAGAGUCCUCAGACCAUUUCAGCGACAUGUACGCUGCGUAGAUCUCCCAGGAAGAAACCCACGUCAGCCUUCGACAGCAGCAAGUUUACACCAGUUCUACCACGGCCGAACAAACGCAAGAGAUCCCCGGAGGGAGCCAUAGAAGAAACCGAUUCCAGUGUCAGUGAGCGAGUCAGGCAGAAGAUAUCUGACGAGGACAAGCAGAAAUUAGACAAACAGUCUCGCUCACAGCGUCACAAGAAGAAGCUAGAGCAGAUUGUGACAGAUGUUCUGGUGAAGCAUGGGGUUACGAAAGAUGACUCCAUUUACAAAUCUUGUGAAACAAAGCUCUUCCAAGUUACAAAGUUUUUUGUUAAGGCAUUGCCAAACUCACGGAACCUAGGUGAAGAGAUGAGACAUAUAGCUGAAGGACAAGUUACACAGGUUGUUGAUCUGGAAAAAAGACGAAUUGCGAUGAAGACUGCAAAGAAACAUAAAGUGAAUUCUUGACAUGAGAUAUAAUCUGAACAGUACUUGUUGUGAAAAAGACCUUGUUUGAAGACAAUUGAACAUUUACGAUACUUGUUGUGAAAAAGACCUUGUUUGAAGACAAUUGAACAUUUACGAUACUUGUGAAAAAGACCUUGUUUGAAGACAAUUGAACAUUUACGAUACUUGUUGUGAAAAAGACCUUGUUUGAAGACAAUUGAACAUUGUGAUAUAAUUGUAAGUACUGUAUGUUGCUCACCAAACGUAAAUAAACCUUUCAUCCAUUA